GGAGGAUCUCCGUUUGCGUUCAAUUUGUAGCACAGAUUAUAAAAGUUUCGCUUGCCUACACGGUACCCUACCGGGAGUUCGAAAGUGAUUCCAUCGCGUAUGAAUUGUCGUGUGUCAUUGCAAGUCAAAGUUUAAAUGUUUUUUAUGUUUUAUUGUUAAAAUUCCCUUUAAUUAUCAUAUGUUGACAUUUAUGUGAUUAUGUGUUAUCAUCAUUUGUGUGCCCGAGGUGUAUGAUAAGGGUAUCAUUGCAUGGUGGGUGUAAGACGGCAGAAUGGGGGACAGCUUCCUGCACCUGGGGGACAUCGUGUCCCUCUUCGCGGAGGGCUCUGUCUCAGGCUUUCUCAGUACUUUGGGGUUGGUAGAUGACAGAUGCGUCGUGUGCCCCGAGGCCGGCGAUCUGACUGAUCCGCCCAAAAAGUUCCGGGAUUGCCUGUUCAAGAUAUGCCCCAUGAACCGAUACUCCGCGCAAAAGCAGUUCUGGAACACCGCCAAACAGUCGGCGAACGCCAACGCCGACACCGACACGGGACUGCUCAAGAGGUUACAUCAUGCCGCUGAAAUAGAGAAGAAACAGAAUGAACUAGAGAACAAGAAGUUAUUGGGUACGGUCGUGCAGUACGGCAGCGUCAUACAGCUACUGCACGUCAAGUCCAACAAAUACCUAACUGUAAACAAGAGACUGCCCGCGUUGCUGGAGAAGAACGCAAUGCGGGUACAUCUAGACGCAAAUGGAAAUGAGGGCUCGUGGUUUUAUGUAAUGCCUUUUUAUAAACUGCGCUCGACUGGGGACAAUGUGGUGGUAGGCGAUAAAGUGAUAAUGAACCCGGUAAAUGCGGGCCAACAAGUCCUACACGUGUCGUCCAGCCACGAGCUACCGGACAACGUGGGCUGCAUGGAGGUAAACGUCGUGAACUCCUCAACGUCAUGGAAGGUGACUCUUUUCCUGGAGCACAAAGAGAACCAGGAGGAAAUCCUCAAAGGUGGGGAUGUGGUGCGGCUGUUCCAUGCGGAGCAGGAGAAAUUCCUGACGAUGGACGAGCACCAGAAGCGGCAGCACGUCUUCUUACGUACAACUGGCAGGUCGAGUGCCACCGCUGCUACCAGUAGCAAAGCACUCUGGGAGAUAGAGGUGGUGCAACAUGACCCGUGUCGCGGUGGCGCGGGUCACUGGAACUCCAUCUUCCGCUUCAAGCACCUCGCCACAGGACACUAUCUCGCUGCCGAAGCCUGUCUUAAAGCGCCUGACGCGCCGCUGGAGAGCGGAGAGCCGGCGUACCAGCUGGUGUCAGUGCCGCACUCCUCAGAGAUCGCCACACUGUUCGAGCUCGAUCCCACCACCAUGACUCACUCCGACGCCGCCGUGCCGCAGAGCAGCUACGUCAGAUUACAGCACUUAUGCACGCACACAUGGGUACACUCUACAUCUAUACCGAUCGACAAAGAAGAAGAGAAACCUGUUAUGUCCAAGGUGGGAUGUUCAAUAGUAAAGGAGGACAAAGAAGCAUUCGCCUUGAUAUCGGUGUCUCCCAGCGAAGUGAGAGAUCUGGACUUCGCCAACGACGCGUGCAAAGUGCUGUCGGCCUUGUCGACCAAACUUCACCACGGCAAUAUAGAGCAUAAUGAGAUGAAAGCCCUAACCUGCCUGUUACAAGACAUCGUAUACUUCAUAGCGGGCUUCGAGAACGAGCCCAACAAGUCCAAAGCGCUGGACCUGGUGGUGGAGAACCCCAACAGGGACAGGCAGAAGCUGCUGCGCGAACAGUACAUACUACGCCAGCUGUUCAAGAUAUUACAAGGUCCAUUCCAAGAGACGAGCGAGGGCGGAGGCGAGCCGUUCCUGAAGAUCGAGGAGUUGUAUGACCCUCGCUACGCCCCCUACAAGUGCAUCUUCCGCCUCUGUUACCGCAUCCUGCGCCUCAGCCAGCAGGACUACAGGAAGAACCAGGAAUACAUAGCGAAGCACUUCGGCUUCAUGCAGAAGCAGAUAGGCUAUGACAUCCUGGCGGAGGACACCAUCACCGCGUUGCUGCACAACAACCGCAAGCUGCUCGAGAAGCACAUCACCGCUUCCGAGAUUGAGACAUUCGUUGGUCUCGUACGUAAGAAUAUGAAGACAUGGCAAUCACGAUUUCUGGAUUAUCUGAGUGAUUUGUGCAUAUCCAACAAGAAGGCAAUCGCGGUGACGCAGGAGUUGAUAUGCAAGAGUGUUCUCUGCGCUAAUAAUGCUGAUAUACUUAUUGAGACCAGAUUGGUUUCAACAAAAUACGAACGUUCAUCGGAAGCUGAGGAGACGGGAGACAAAUACACAGUGGAAGACGAAGUCAUGUUGUUAUGGAACAAUAAGAAAUGUUCCCGCUUGCUGUCCGAGCUGGCGACGGAGGCUCGCCUGGAGCCGCGCAGUGAGGCAGCUGCCAUACUCGACUACUACCGUCAUCAGCUCGACCUGUUCUCUAACAUGUGCCUCAACAGACAGUACCUGGCCCUCAACAGUCUCUCCGCGCAGCUGCAUAUUGAUCUCAUACUCAAAUGCAUGUCGAACGCGUCCCUGUCCCAGGAGUUGCGCGCGUCGUUCUGUCGUCUGAUGCUGCACCUGCACGUGGACCGCGACCCGCAGGAACCUGUCACUCCUGUCAAGUACGCAAGACUCUGGAGCGACGUCAGCGACACCAUACAUGUGCACGAUUACCAGUGCGUGAAGGGUGGAGCUGACGCGACGCGGGAGAAGGUGAAGGCGCAGUUCGCGUCCACCAUACGCUUCGUGGAGAACUACCUGUGCCGCGUCGUCACCAGCACCUGGUACUUCAGCGACCACGACCAGAACAAACUCACCUUCGAGGUCGUCAAGCUGGCCAGGGAACUCAUAUACUUCGGAUUCUAUAGCUUCAGCGACUUGCUGCGUUUAACGAAGACAUUGCUAAGUAUCCUGGACUGUGUGACCGCCAUGGACCUGCUCAAUGAGACGAGUCCACUCGCGGGAGAGGUCGAGUCUGAGGGCGGUGUACUCCGCAGCAUUGGAGACAUGGGUGCGGUGAUGACUUCCAUCACCUUAGGCUCCGUAGCGCGCAACGUGUCCGGUCCUCAGCACGAGCCCCGUACAUUUACCAUGCAGUGGUCGACUUUCGAAGACCUCUCCUCAACGGUGGGCAGUGGGAACGGCGGCGGUGUGCAGGGCAGUCCCUCCGCGCUGGCGCUGGCUCGCAAACAUCCCCUCGUCAUGGAGACCAAGCUCAAGAUCAUUGAAAUAUUGCAAUUCAUCCUGGACGUGCGACUGGACUACCGCAUCAGCUGUCUGCUGUCCAUCUUCAAGAAGGAGUUCGAGCAGUCGUCAGAGAGACAGGCAGACAGCCUGGCGCGUGCUGAUGUGGAAGCUAUAGGUCUCCAAGCUGAAGGCAUAUUUAGUUGUCGAACCAUUCAGACUGUGCCUGACAACUGCCUACCAAAAAAUGUAGAUUUGGACGGUCUGGACCUGGACGAGUGCGGGGGCCGCAUGGUACUGCGCGUGCUGCUGCAGCUGUGCUCUCAGGGCGCGUCUGCUGCGCUGGUGUCAGGUGCACUCGCGCUGCUCUUCCGACACUUCAGCCAGAGGCAGGAGGUGCUCGCUGCCUUCAAACAGGUGCAACUGCUGGUGUCGGACGCGGACGUGGAGUCGUACAAGCAGAUCAAGGCGGACCUGGACGUGCUGCGCCAGAGUGUGGAGAAGUCGGAGCUGUGGGUGUUCAACAAGGGCCGCGCGGGCGCACUCGACGACCACACCGAGCUAAAAGGCACAGUGGGUCCCGGCGGAGCUGUGCUGGAGCGGAAUGCGUCACUGGACAACGUGCUGGACACAUCGCGCGCCACAAAGUACGACCACAUGCACGAGUACGAGAAGAUCAAAGAGAUCCUGCAGCGCAUGAUAAAGUACUGCACGCAGGGCAACAGCGGGGGCGGGGACACGGGCAAGCCGCGCCGACACGAGCAGCGUCUGCUGCGCAACAUCGGCGUGCACAACAUCGUGCUCGACCUGCUGCAGGUGCCUCACGACGAAGACGACGCGGCAAUGGACGAGCUGCUGGCUCUCGCGCACGAGUUCCUGCAGCGCUUCUGUCACGGCAACCAGCAGAACCAGGCCAUCCUGCACAAACACCUCGAUCUGUUCCUCAAUGCUGGGAUCCGUGAAGCGCAAACUGUGUGCGCAAUAUUCGAGGAGAACCCCGCGCUGUGUGCUCACGAGGGUAACGACAAGGUGGCGGCGCACUUCGUGCACUGCAUAGAGACGCGCGGCCGCCGCCCCGCAUACCUGCACUUCCUGCGCACCAUUGUACGCGCCGCUGGUCAGCACAUCCGCCGCAGUCAGGACCUCGUCAUGCAGGAGAUGGUGAACGCAGGCGAGGAUGUCCUCGUGUUCUACAACGACAAGGUGUCCUUCAACUACUUCAUACAGAUGAUGCGCCAGUACAAGCAGACAAACGAGAUGCCUGAAGCAUUAAGGUACCACAUCCAGCUGGUGAAGCUGCUGACGUGCUGCACCCUCGGCAAGAACGUGUACACAGAGAUCAAGUGCCACAGCCUGCUGCCGCUGGACGACAUCGUAGCCACCAUCACACACCCUGACUGCAUACCAGAGGUGAAAGAGGCGUACGUGGGUUUCCUGAACCACUGCUACAUAGACACGGAGGUGGAGAUGAAGGAGAUUUACUCCAGCAACUACAUGUGGGACCUAUUCGAGCGCUCCUUCCUGCAGGACAUGCAGGCUAUACUGCACAGUGACGCUACAGCAUAUGCAAUGCCAAGUACAUCUACGGACGAGGUGUUCUCUCCGCAGAAGUCAUGCGCGAGCAGCACGCAGCGCGCCUGGCUGGCGUACGUCACUGACGUCCUCAUGCAUACUAUAUGCACAUUCUUCAACUCUCCCUUCAGCGACCAGAGCACCACUGUACAGACGCGGCAGUCAAUCUUCGUGAAGCUGCUGCAGACCACAUUCCGCAUCUACCAGUGUCCCUGGCUCACUCCGCCGCAGAAACUCAACGUAGAGAAGUGCAUACGCACCCUCAGUGAAGUCGCGAAAAGUCGCAGUAUCGCCAUACCUCUGGAGCUGGAGGCGAAGAUACAGACAGUGUUCGAGAAGGCGGCCGCACUCUCCCGACAGACCAGCAAAUGGCUGCAGGCUUCGAAGACCUCCAAACUGGAGAAAAUGGCUUCACAGUCAAACCUGCAGAACGACCGUUCCGUGAUGGAGGGUCUGCAGGAGAUCGUGUGCCUGCUGGAGGAGCAGCUGCGGCCGCUGCUGCAGGCGGAGCAAUCGCUGCUGGUCGACAUCCUCUACCGCCCUCACAGGCUCUUCACUGGUCCUGGAGAGUUGGCACAUCCUGAUACCAGCGGGAUAUUUAUAUCCAGAUUAAUCCGGCAUACAGAGAAACUUCUGGAGGAGAAAGAGGAGAAGCUUUGCGUCAAAGUGUUGCGUACACUGAGAGAGAUGAUGGCUGUCGACCCGGAGUAUGGUGAAAAAGGCAACCAGUUGCGAAACAAGUUGCUAUCUCAAUACUUCGUGAAUCGUAAAUCAGAGGCCAAGAUCCAGCCGCCGCAGCCUCCGCCUGUCGCUACACACGGCCCUGGCGCCAAAGUGUUGCUGCGCACGGGACAGACGCUGUCGCAAGUACAGGCACACCUCGACCGUGAGGGUGCCUCAGAUCUGGUGGUGGAGCUGGUCAUCAACAGCGUCAACAGACCCGCCAUCUUCCUUGAGGCCAUACAACUAGGCAUCGCAUUACUAGAAGGUGGCAACCCUAUCAUACAACGCAGUAUAUUCACCAAGUUGCAAAAUGGAGAGAUAUCACAAUCUUUCUUAAAGGUGUUCUACGACAAGAUGCGAGAGUCGCAGCAGGAGAUCAGGUCGCUGGCCACCAGCAGCACGGCCAGCGCGGGCGCAGACAAGCGCGCCAGCCCCACUGACAAACAGAAACCCAUCGCCACUGAAGGUAAACCAUCGCCUGGUCCGAUCGUCGUGGGCGAGGACAUGGACGAUGAGAUAACGAACGCGUGCGGCUCCGCGGUACACGCCUACUCUGACAUACACACCAUGUCACAUGGUACAACAGUCCUGGAAGAAAUAAUGUCGGAAAAGAAACGUGAGACGAGCAACAGUGAUGUGCUGCCUCCCAAGGUGGCCGUCAUGAGACCUAUACUGCGCUUCCUGCAGCUGCUCUGCGAGAAUCACAACCCUGACUUACAGAACUUACUACGUAAUCAAAACAACAAAAGCAACUACAAUCUGGUAUCAGAGACUUUGAUGUUCCUGGACUGCAUCUGCGGCUCCACCACUGGCGGUCUGGGGCUGCUGGGGCUGUACAUCAAUGAGGGCAACGUGGCCCUCAUCAAUCAGACCCUGGAGACCCUUACUGAGUACUGCCAAGGUCCUUGCCAUGAGAAUCAAAACUGCAUAGCAACACACGAGAGCAACGGUCUAGAUAUUAUAACAGCACUCAUCCUGAACGACAUCAACCCACUGGGCAAAACACGUAUGGACCUCGUGCUGGAGCUGAAGAAUAACGCCUCCAAACUGCUACUUGCUAUCAUGGAGUCACGCAAUGACUCUGAGAACAAUGCUGAAAGGAUACUGUACAAUAUGAACCCGGAACAACUGGUGGAUGUUGCGUGCUCUGCUUUCAACCAGGAACACGCGAUGGAUGCAGACUCCGACUCUGAAGAUGAUGCGCCCGUGCAAGGCGUGUCUCCUAAAGAAGUGGGUCACAACAUCUACAUCCUGUGCCACCAGCUGGCCGGCCACAACAAGGAGCUGGCUGCCCUCGUGCGCGCCACGCCCUCUGGUGUCAACGCGCCUGCACUGCAGUACUACCGCACGCACACCGCACAGAUUGAGAUCGUGCGAACGGACCGCAGUAUGGAGCAGAUCGUGUUCCCUAUCCCGGAGAUCUGCGAGUACCUGCCGGCGGACAGCAAGCACCGCGUGCUGCAGACCGCAGAGCGCGACGACCAGGGCAGUAAAGUGGCAGACUUCUUCUCGCGCCUUGAUAACCUCUUUCACGAGAUGAAGUGGCAGAAGAAACUAAGAGGUCAGCCAUUCCUAUUCUGGGUGUCAUCGUACAUGUCGCUAUGGAGCAACAUCUUGUUCAACUUCGCUGUACUCAUCAACGUCAUCGUGGCAUUCUUUUAUCCAUUCCAAGAAGAAAAUCCAAAGUUGGGCCAGCACUUAUCGCUGGUGGUGUGGUGCGUGUCACUGGCUGCGGGCACGCUGGUAGCCUGCCUGCCUCGCUCGUCUGGUGCACGCGCACUGCUCGCCAGCGCCAUCGUGCGCCUUAUAUACUCCGCCGGACCUGAGCCCACGCUAUGGGCGCUCGGCAUGCUCACUAUUGUAGUGAAGGGCAUUCACCUGGUUAGCAUCAUGGGCAACCAGGGCACGUUGUCCAAGUCGACGCGGAACGUGAUCACAGACCCUGAGCUGCUCUACCACAGCGUCUAUCUCUGGUUCUGCUUCCUCGGUAUUUGCUGUCAUCCAUUCUUCUUCUCUGUGCUCUUGUUGGACAUCGUGUACCGCGAGGAGACGUUGUUGAACGUGAUGCGGUCGGUCACCCGCAACGGGCGGUCCAUCUUGCUGACGGCCGUACUGGCGCUGGUGCUCGUCUACAUGUUCUCCAUCGUAGGCUACAUGUUCUUCCGAGACCAUUUCCUGCUCAACGUCGACCGGCUCGAUGACGACGACGACCCGCGGUUCGAGGAGCGGUGCGACAGCAACCCCGCCAGCAAGUACCAGCGGGCGCCGCGCUUCGUGUCAGUGGGCGGGUCGCUGCGGGAGCGGAGCUGCGACUCUCUCAUCAUGUGCAUCGUCACCACGCUCAACCAGGGCCUGCGCAAUGGCGGCGGCAUCGGAGACAUCCUGCUCGCACCCGCCAGCUUUGAGCCAUUAUUCGUUGCACGCGUGGUGUACGAUCUACUAUUCUACUUCGUGGUGAUCGUAAUCGUACUGAAUCUGAUAUUCGGUGUGAUCAUCGACACAUUCGCAGAUCUUCGUAGUGAGAAGCAGCAGAAAGAACUUAUAUUGAAGAACACAUGUUUUAUAUGUGGGUUGAACAGGUCAGCCUUUGACAACAAGACAGUCUCGUUCGAGGAGCACAUCAAGAGCGAGCACAACAUGUGGCAUUACCUCUACUUCAUGGUGCUGGUGCGUGUCAAAGACCCCACCGAGUUCACCGGACCCGAGAGCUACGUGCACUCUAUGAUAAAGUCGAACAAUCUCGAUUGGUUCCCCCGACUGCGCGCGCUGUCACUGAUGGGCGGAGGCGAGGGUGAUGGCGGCGAGGUGGAGCUGCGCGCGCUGCAGGCCCAGCUGGAGCGCGCGCAGUCAGCAGUGCGCACCCUCACCGACCUCCUCACUGAGCUGCGCGAUCAGAUGACAGAGCAGCGGAAGCAAAAGCAACGCAUCGGUCUGCUCAACUCGACGUCUGCGUACCUCCAGAACUUGCAGAUGAACCUGCCGCCGUGACCUGCCACGCCCCACAGCGGACAAGCCACGCCUCUCUGCACCGCCCACAUCGCCCACAACUCCCGUACUACGUAUACGUGAUUUUAUUAUUAUAAAAAAACCUUAAAUAUUACAAAAAAUCUCGUCAUUAACUUUUUAAGAGUUUAAUAGUUAAAUCUACGCUAAUUGACUCGAUUAGUGACCAUUUAGGUAUGUGGGUAUAGUUUGAGAGAUGUUUGUUUAACGCACAAUCGACUUUAUUAUUGUUGUUUCACGGUUUAUUUUCCCAUUUCAAUCUUCAAUGACACACGACAUUCAUUAAGUCGUGAAAGUAACUUUUCUUAUCUUAACAUGUUAAGUUAAGCGGAGAUAAAGACAGAGUUGCUUAUAAUAGAAAUAUAAAAGUCUAUGGUAAACAAAGAUGUCCGCAUUAGAUUGAGAUGCUAAGGAUAUUUGACUAUUAAAAAAAAUAACAUAGCUAAAAUAUAUCUACAUGUAUUCUACUAAGACGUCCUACAACAUGUAGUUCAUGUAUAAUUUAAAAAAGCAAUAUGUCACUGUGACAUUGACAGUUGUUUGACAGACCGCCAGAAUCUCGCGCCAUUUAGAUGUCAUAUUUGACAGAUUCGUUUUUAAAUCAACCAAAAUGUAUAUUUGUUAAGGGUUAAUGUUGAGGCUUAGUAACUUUUAAUAAAGUUGGUAGCAAUAAUUUACAAUGCGUAUAUUAAUAUGGAGAAAGAAUAUAUAAUUAAAUCGUGUAUACGGUUAUUAAUGGCAACACCGUUAGGAAUAAUUAUGAACAAGUUCGUUGGUGACGUAGUACUUAUUUUGGAGUGGGCUGUUUUAUUUAGAAAAUUACUUUAAAUUCUUCUAGUUAUUUCAAAAAAUCUAUUUUUCACUAUUGUUAUUCAAUCUUGUUGUUACAUUAAGUCUAUACUGUUUCAACUUAUUAAAAAUGUUUAACUAAUCCAUUGUUAUUCUCGCCAUGUUUUUGGCAGUGUUUUUCUUCUUAAUAGCUCCUUUGAUAUACUUAAAUAUGUGCAAUAAUAGCUCAAAUCCGUUACCUAUAAUAUAAGAGAAAAUCGAAUAUUAUUUUUAAAAAUCUUUUAAAGAUCUGAAGUGUUGUCUGAAACUGGCAACACCAAUUAAGUUUAAUAAAUUUUUUAUCCUUUUAUUAUAAGUUUUAUUUGACAGUUUUUAGGUUAUGUAUUUCUGACGUAACAAUGGUUCUUGACGUUAUAUUUCCCGCCUUCGGGAAACCAUCGACAAGAAAUGUCUCGGAACUGUCAAUUUGUUUUUUUAAUAUCUUAUAUUCACACAUUCAUUUAUUGGAUAAAGGUAAAUGAAGAUCGAUUCCCUUUUAAUUAUCUCUAUAAUAGAGAAAAAAAUUCAGAAAUAACAUUUUGUUUAUAGUUACCUUAAAUAGUGUAAUCUUGAGGUUUUAAUGUGAAAUAAAGUGCCAAGAAUAUUUAAAAAAAAUUCCCAAUAAGAUCUGACUUUUAUUUAUAGCCUAUUAUUUUGUACUUAAAUAUCGAACAUUUUUCUUUUUUUAUCCGCUUUUUUUGUUUUUUCUUAUUGUCUAUUCUAUAUUUUCACAGUCUUAAUAUUAACAGGCUAAGGUACAAAUUAGAUAAAGAAAUUUACUUUAUUUCUUUCGAUUUCAUUUUAAAAUGAUUUUAGUCAAAUUAUUUUCUAGAUCCAUGCAUUUUCAACUAAACAUUCUAAUACGACAGUAUUUAUCUAUAUUUUUUUAUCUUAUAUACAUUCCUUAUUUACUAAAACAUUAUGUUGCAAUAAGAUACUGGAAAUAAAAGAAACUAAUAGAUAGCGACAAUAUAUUUGUCUUAUUAAACAUUAGAAAGUUUAUUUUUUAUUUUUCUUCAGAUAAUAGUCACAGAAAUAUCGUAAUUUGCUCGAACCUUUGCCAAUAACUUUCAGUUUUUUAAGUUUUAUUUUUGUAUUUAGCAGAUAAAAUAUAUGUUUAAUUACGGACCUUGUUGUGAUGCUUCGAUGAAAUGUUUUGUUUCUUUAAAAAAAUAAAAAAAUGGCACAAAAGAUAUGUUUUAUUUG